AUGGCAGGCAAGUGGACCUUCCUAAUACUGGUUUGGCUCGUGUCUACUUUCAUGGUCCAAAACGCACAAUUAUGCCCCGUAGGGUUUACUAAGCUCGAGUCAAGAUGUGUUGAUCUCGAUGAAUGUGUUGUUCAAGAGGAUAUAUGUGGAAAAAAUGCUCAAUGUUUUAACACAAUUGGAAGCUACUACUGCCAGUGUAAAGACGGUUAUAAAUCAACAAAUGGGGUGAAUUUUACAGCUGUUUCAAAUGCAAACUGUAUAGAUAUAGAUGAAUGUAAAGAACCGAAAGACAUCUGUGGACCUCAUGCCAUUUGUACCAAUGCAGUUCCCCAUUACAAGUGCUCUUGUAAAGAAGGAUUCGUCUCUUCUGCCGAAGUGAAAUUUUUUACUAAAAGUGAUAAUGUUACAUGCAGAGAUAAAGAUGAAUGUACAGAGGAAACAGUUUGUGGUCUGAAUUCAACAUGCAAGAACACAAAAGGCAGUUAUAAUUGUGUGUGCAAACCUGGCUUUAGACUGAAAUCUGGCAAACAUAAUUACACUGGAAAAGUGGAACAAUGUGAAGACCUGUGUAAGCUUGAUAAGACAAUCUGUGGAAAUGGAACCUGUCACACUGGAGACAGUGGAUAUUACUGUACAUGUUUUACUAACUAUGGCAACAAGAUGUCUCGCUGCAUUGAUAUGGAUUGUGGUGUUUUUAACAAAGCAAAAGAUCUGGUAGAGACAUUCAGCAUUGUAGAAGAUCAUGUGACGCAACUGAGGAAAGGUUGUCUGGAGCAGACCGAGGGCAAGGAUCCAAGGGAGCUGGAUGGAAAGAGCUUUCUAAAGAUUAUGCAGUCGAUGAUCGACAAGCUUUUGUCUAGAGCUCUGAAUGAUAACAGGAAAGUCUCCACCUUUCUGGACUUGGUGGAGCAAGCUCUGAGGCUCAUUGGACCUUUUGUAACAGCCCCUGGGACCAGAAUGACCUCAUCUCACACAGAACUGGAGCUACUGGCACAUACUGGCUCAGUCAACCCUCAAGAAACAAAGACUUUAUCUUCAAAUCACGCUCAACUGGACAUCAAGAUGGAGGUAGCUGCUGGAAAUCUCUCCCAAUACCCUGGGUUUACUGUGGCAUCCUUGAUAAGUUAUUCAAACCUGGAAGAAUCUGCAGAUGGCUUCUUUGGUGGGAUGAAAAAAGAGGAGAACCAGAUCUUUAAGAUAAACUCCAAAGUUGUGACUGUCACCGUCAGUAAUACAGACACAAAUCAUCUCAAAGAGCCGGUCAAAAUAACUUUGUACCACCUUAAUCAGUCAAAUGAAACCUCCCACACCUGCGUGUUCUGGGACUCUUCAGAGGAUGGGGGGGCGUGGUCACCUCGAGGUUGCAGUGUUGCAGAGUCGAACCCAAAAUUCACAGUGUGUUCCUGUAACCACCUGAGCAGCUUUGCUGUGCUUAUGGCCCUCUAUGAAAUAGAGGACCAUUUUGAGCUGCAGCUGAUCACCUGGGUGGGCCUGUCUCUUUCACUAAUUUGUUUGUUCAUGUGCAUCUUGACGUUCUCAAUGAUCCGUUCCAUCCAAAGCCCAAGAACUACCAUCCACCUGCACCUCUGUAUCAGCCUCUCCAUCGCUAUCAUUAUCUUUCUUGCAGGCAUCACACAAACAGAGAACAAGGUUGGAUGUGCAGUUGUAGCAGGGAUGUUGCAUUUCUUCUACCUGGCAGCAUUUUGCUGGAUGUGUCUGGAAGGUGUACAGCUCUUCAGGAUGGUAAUACUGGUCUUUAACACCAACUAUAAAACAGUCUACAUGAUGGCAGGUGGCUAUGGAGUCCCGGCUGUGAUCGUUGCUGUCUCUGCAUUGGUUAAUGCUAAGGGAUAUGGCACUAAGAGAUAUUGUUGGCUAAACCUGGAUUCCAUUUGGAGUUUCUUUGGUCCUGCAUGUGUCAUCAUCACUGUAAAUAUUAUCUUCUUUCUCAUCACUGCAUGGAAACUGACACUGAAGUUUUCAAGCUUGAACCCUGAUCUGGACAGUUUGCAGAAAAUAAAGGCAUUCAUCAUUACUGCAGUGGCUCAGAUGUGCAUUCUGGGCAUCAUGUGGAUCUUCGGAUGUUUCCAGUUUGAGAGUGGCACCAUAGCCAUGUCUUAUUUGUUCACAAUAUUUGGCAGCUUUCAGGGAGUUAUGCUCUUUGUCAUGCAUUGUCUGUUUUCUAAACAGGUGAGAGAGGAAUAUGCAAACAUUCUGUCUCGUUUUUGUGCACCUCGAAAGAGGAAAUACUCCGAGUUCAGUUUCUCAAAUUCCAGCAAAGCACAAACAUCCAAAAGUGCCCAGGACACAGGAGAGUCUCACAUUUAAGGAUGCUAAUCAUG